GGGAGUGAACGAUUGCAAGUUGCAAGGUCUUGUGUCGUUGUUUUCUAUUCUAAGGUUAUUUUUAAUUUUUUGCUAUCGAUCCACCGUAACAGCCCAUGACCUGCGGACAUUUAACAUUACAGAAGUAUUGUUGCAACAAGUUGCAAAAGGUCCUGUCUUGAUGAUGGGAGAAGAACCUGCUUCAUAUACAAGAGAGACAGAGAUGUCUAGUGACGCUGGCUCGGACGAAGAGUUGCCCGCACCGAUGGAGGAAGGGAGUCGAAACGGGAGUAUCAGAAAGGGUUGUGAUCCGUGUUGUCAGACCCAGCGCAGCAAGCUGCAGCACCGCAGAGCUCGUAUUAACCAGCAAAUCAACAAGGAGAUGAGGAUGAGGGCUGGGGCAGAAAACCUUUUCAGGGCCACCACUAACAACAAGGUAAAGGAGACUGUGGCUUUAGAGCUGAGCUUUGUCAACUCCAACCUGCAGCUGCUUAAGGAGGAGCUAGAGGAACUCAACAGCAACAUGGAGGUGUACCAGACAGAGAGCGAAUCCAUUAAUGUUCCCAUGAUCCCACUGGGUCUGAAGGAGACCAAGGAUGUGGACCUCACUGUCCCUCUCAAGGACUUCAUCUGUGAGCACUACGGAGAGGACGGCUCCCUGUUUGAGAAGGAGAUCAAGGAGUUCAUGGAGCUCAGACAGGCCAUGCGUACUCCCAGCCGUAACCAGGCGGGCUUGGAGCUGUUGGUGGAGUAUUAUAACCAGCUGUACUACCUCGACCAGAGAUUCUUCCCCCCUCACAGAAACCUGGGAGUCCACUUCCACUGGUAUGACUCUUUAACUGGCGUUCCAUCCUGCCAGCGGGCCUUGGCAUUUGAGAAGGGCAGUGUUCUGUUCAACGUAGCGGCUCUCUACACACAGAUAGGAGCCAGACAGGACCGCUCAGCCACUGCUGGCAUAGACCGGGCAAUAGAUGCCUUCCAGAGAGCCGCAGGGGCCUUUCACUACCUGAAGGAGAACUUCUCCAACGCUCCCAGUCUGGAUAUGAGUGGCCCGUCGUUGUGCAUGCUGGUCCGGCUGAUGAUCGCCCAGGUGCAGGAGUGUGUGUUCGAACGGGUCACACUCACGACGCAGGACACACACUUCACCUCCCAACUACAGGUGGCUCAGGAGGCAGCCCGGGUGUCAGAUGUGUAUAGCUUGGUUCUCCAGACCAUGACCCAGCCCAUGGUGAAGGACUACGUCCCGUUCUCCUGGGCCUCCAUGGUUCAGGUGAAGGCGGAGCACUUCAGAGCCUUGUCCCACUACUACGCUGCUGUGGCUCUCUGCAACCACACACAGUCAGUUCAAGAUGAAGAUUGUGAUGAAGAAACAGAGAAGUUUUUCCUCCAGUUCCAUGUCACAACUCCUGCAAAACCCACUCUCAGCCAGGUCCUCAGAGAGCCUGAGGAGAGACGCAAACUGGGAAAGGCCCAUCUCCGUCGGGCGGUGAUCAGACAUGAAGAGGCCAUGAGAGUUCACAGUAUGUGUAAGAUCCUGAGGAAGAUGGACAUUCUUCAGGAGGUUCUGUCCUUCACGCACAAACGCUCUCUGGACAAAUACUCUGAGAUGGAUCAAGAGGAUGACUUUGAUGAGACAGCAGAAGCCCCUGAAAUACACUCUCAGUCCCAUCAGAAGCCGGAUAUAAUUACGCCCAACUUCUUCAUGGUCUCAGUCACAGACAUCUUCCAGAGGCUGGUAGGAGUCUUGAUUACAUUCAUUGGUGGUGAGAUGAUGGGGACACUGAUGACGAUGGCCCGACUCCUCCUGUGUGCUCGGCAGGGUCCCCUCUCAGUGUUCUGUGCGCGGGCGCGCUGGGGUCCGGUACGCGUGGUGUGCCUCCAGCGAGGCGAGGGCUGUCUGGGGCUGACUCUCAGAGGAGACUCUCCGGUCCUGGUGGCUGGAGUGGUACCAGGAGGGUGUGCCGAGGAGGCAGGUCUCAGGGAGGGGGACUACAUAGUGGCUGUUGAUGGGGAAGAUUGUAAGUGGGCCAAACAUGGAGAGGUGGUCCACCUCCUGAAGAGCGGUGGUGACAGAGGAGUGGAGCUCAGCGUCAUCACACUGCACACACACGACGCACAGGUGGAGAGAAGGUCAGCCAUGCUUUCGCCCAGCGGAGAUAAAGAGAACGCUCGGCAACGGAGCAUGGGCGGGGCUAAGGGCCAGAGUUCUGCCUCCUUACUCAACUGGAACCGGAAGAAGAAUCGGGACGGGGGCGGAGUCACCAAGAGACUGGGUAGCACCUUCAGUCUGCCAUUUGGAAACCUCAGAGACAGUGAGUCCAUGUACUGAGAUGGACACAGUAGGGCACCGGGGACAGGUUUAGACUGUCCCAGACACUAACCACUCAGGGAAUGGGAGAGAGGCGUGAAAACACAAGGUGUCCCAUGUGACUGGAUACUGCAUUGUGUUAUUGGAGCACACCAAGGACCAGUCGGAAGAAGAGGAUUGUGCGAAGGGUGGAGGAGGACAUGUCCUGAUUAUAGAAGUGGGAACUGUAGCUGAGUGUAACUGCCACUGAAGGGGCUCAAAGACAGUCUAAUAGGUGGGGCCCGGUCUCCAACCAGCUGAGAGGCCCAGUGUUAUGUAGCUUUUCAAACAGCUGAGAGACCCAGUGUAAUGUAGCUUUUCAAACAGCUGAAAGGCCCAGUGUUAUGUAGCUUGUCGAACCGAUGACAGACCCACUGGUAAGGUAGUGUUUUGAAUAGCUGAGACGUCCAGUGUUAAUGUAGCUUACUAAACAGCUGAAUGACUUAGUGUUAAUGUAACUUACUAAACAACUAAGAGGCCCAGUGGUAAUGUUGCUUACUGAACAGCUGAAAGACCCAGUGUUCAUGUAGCUUACUGAACAGCUGAAAGACCCAGUGUUCAUGUAGCUUACUAAACAGCUGAAUGACUUAGUGUUAAUGUAACUUACUAAACAACUAAGAGGCCCAGUGUUCAUGUAGCUUACUGAACAGCUGAAAGACCCAGUGUUCAUGUAGCUUACUGAACAGCUGAAAGACCCAGUGUUCAUGUAGCUUACUGAACAGCUGAAAGACCCAGUGUUCAUGUAGCUUACUGAACAGCUGAAAGACCCAGUGUUCAUGUAGCUUACUGAACAGCUGAAAGACCCAGUGUUCAUGUAGCUUACUAAACAGCUGAAUGACUUAGUGUUAAUGUAACUUACUAAACAACUAAGAGGCCCAGUGUUCAUGUAGCUUACUGAACAGCUGAAAGACCCAGUGUUCAUGUAGCUUACUAAACAGCUGAAUGACUUAGUGUUAAUGUAACUUACUAAACAACUAAGAGGCCCAGUGUUCAUGUAGCUUACUGAACAGCUGAAAGACCCAGUGUUCAUGUAGCUUACUGAACAGCUGAAAGACCCAGUGUUCAUGUAGCUUACUGAACAGCUGAAAGACCCAGUGUUCAUGUAGCUUACUGAACAGCUGAAAGACCCAGUGUUCAUGUAGCUUACUGAACAGCUGAAAGACCCAGUGUUCAUGUAGCUUACUAAACAGCUGAAUGACUUAGUGUUAAUGUAACUUACUAAACAACUAAGAGGCCCAGUGUUCAUGUAGCUUACUGAACAGCUGAAAGACCCAGUGUUCAUGUAGCUUACUGAACAGCUGAAAGACCCAGUGUUCAUGUAGCUUACUGAACAGCUGAAAGACCCAGUGUUCAUGUAGCUUACUGAACAGCUGAAAGACCCAGUGUUCAUGUAGCUUACUGAACAGCUGAAAGACCCAGUGUUCAUGUAGCUUACUGAACAGCUGAAAGACCCAGUGUUCAUGUAGCUUACUGAACAGCUGAAAGACCCAGUGUUCAUGUAGCUUACUGAACAGCUGAAAGACCCAGUGUUCAUGUAGCUUACUAAACAGCUGAAUGACUUAGUGUUAAUGUAACUUACUAAACAACUAAGAGGCCCAGUGUUCAUGUAGCUUACUGAACAGCUGAAAGACCCAGUGUUCAUGUAGCUUACUGAACAGCUGAAAGACCCAGUGUUCAUGUAGCUUACUGAACAGCUGAAAGACCCAGUGUUCAUGUAGCUUACUGAACAGCUGAAAGACCCAGUGUUCAUGUAGCUUACUGAACAGCUGAAAGACCCAGUGUUCAUGUAGCUUACUGAACAGCUGAAAGACCCAGUGUUCAUGUAGCUUACUGAACAGCUGAAAGACCCAGUGUUCAUGUAGCUUACUGAACAGCUGAAAGACCCAGUGUUCAUGUAGCUUACUGAACAGCUGAAAGACCCAGUGUUCAUGUAGCUUACUGAACAGCUAAUAGCCUUUAGAAAAUAUAGAACAUGAUGGACUUACCAUCACGCUGAAUACCACAUCAUCAUGGUGUCUUAUGUUGGAAAUGUGUUGUUGUACUGUACUAAUUCCUGUAACCCAGUCCUGCUUUUCCACUUCAUUAAGGUCACUUGACUCACAACAGUAAAAGCUGAUAACGCACUAGCCUCCGUUCAGGACUUGAGGUCUGCUCCUAUCUUAUACGGCAGAAGGUUGUUUACUCAGAGCCUUGAAAGACUCUGCGCUGCCUUAUGUCCUUCACCCAAAAUUUUAGCAUUUUAGUUUUUUAUAGAAACAUUUUGUCUUAGCCUCAUCAUUAGUCAUGUUCAAAUGACUACCCAGAAAACCACGCUAACAUGGUUGGGUGAUAUUCUUUUUUAAAUGUUCAUCCUAUGCACUGGGACAUCAUAACGUGAGAAAGAAAAACAAAUGCUUUUGGAUUGUGUUAACACUGAAAGGGUUGAUGUGGCGAUUAGGGGGUUGUGAAUGUACCGGGACACUGGUGUGGCGAUUAGGGGGUUGUGAAUGUACCGGGACACUGAUGUGGCGAUUAGGGGGUUGUGAAUGUACCGGGACACUGAUGUGGCGAUUAGGGGGUUGUGAAUGUACCGGGACACUGAUGUGGCGAUUAGGGGGUUGUGAAUGUACCGGGACACUGAUGUGGCGAUUAGGGGGUUGUGAAUGUACCGGGACCAUGCAUCACAUACUAGGUGACAUGCUACUGUUCUGACCAACACAAUGCACACAUGUAUGUAAUGAUGAUGUGUUGUAUAUACACUCUGAUCUCUACUUUUAUAUUUGAAUCAUUUUGCAGAUGUGCUAAUCCAAUGUGAAUUACAGUUCCUUAAGUAGAGUUGAUUAUAAGAACAGGAAGUCCACUGCGUGCAAAACAGCGAUCAAUGUAACCAGAGAAGCAUUACGUUCACACAGGUUUUUUAACGCCAAAUCUUCAAAAGAUUUUAAAAAAAAUGUUUAAGUACAAAUCUUUCUUACAUUUUUAUUACUUUCAUGGCAAAUGUACAACAUUGUUUCCA